UUGGUAUGCGAGGAAGUCAAUCUCUGUCAUAAGUAUCUGGGUCAUUCGUGUCGUAAGUAACCAAGUUGUUUACAACAAAAAAAGUGUAAAGUAAAUUAAUUUUUCGACUUUUUUAUCAGUAAGAACGAAGCACCAAAUAAUAACCGUGAUCAGUGUCCGUAAUUUUUGUAGGUUAACUUUAUAAUUUUAAUGAACUAACCUAUAUCAGUAUUCAUAGUAAUCAAUAAUAAUGAUCCUGAAAUUCCUGGACAUCAAAUUAUUUUUUUAUUUUCAAAAACCAUAAAUUACAAAAAAAAAUCAAAAUACCUGCCUCAAUUUUUUUGUCAUGGAUUUGAUGGACAAUAAAACAAUUUCUUGAGAUUUAAAACGCAGACUCUAGAAAAUCUUAAAAUUUUCAAAAAUACAAAUCUGAAUUUAAUCUACAAAUUUAUGAUUUGAUACUUAUGACAUAUAUGUAGCGUACAGUAAAAAAAAUUACAAAAUUAACGAAUCAGAAUUAAUAAAAAAAGAAUAUCAAGAAAAUGUCGUCUGUCAAAAUUUUACCAUUUAGUUUAAUUUACCAACAAAUCCGGGAAAAUAUUCUCCAAGGAUCAAUGAGCGUCAACACAAGAUAUCCUGGUGAUUCUGACGAAAACCCAUCCAUUCUGCAACUGGCGAUAACAAAAAACGACAUUUGUCUGAUAAAUUAUUUACUGAAGCACAAAGUUGACCUCAACGCGACGUCGAAAUGUUUCGAGCCCGCUCUCCACCUGGCGAUCCGCCUAGAUUCCUAUGAGCUAGUGAGAAAACUCGUCGAGGCUGGUGCUGAUGUCAAUGUAAAGCAAAAGUUCACUGACAAACUUUUUCGGUACACGACAAUUUACCCAGCAGUGAGCGAAGAAAUAAAAAAAGUCAUCGAAUUGUUGCUAGAAGACAAGAAUAAUGACAACAUAUCUUUAGGGGAGAAAGGAUUUUUUAUAGCAAUGGGUAAUGAGAAUUUUAAUCCUUAUGAUCGAGUGCUCGAUUCAGGUGUUGACAAUUUACCAGUCGGUGACGUUGUCUCUCCCCUGCAUCUCGCGAUCCAGCAGAAUAAUUAUCAAAUAAUUGAGUACUUGAUAGCCAACGGUGCUGAUGUCGAUGCUAAUUGCAAUGGUGCCACGCCACUGUAUGUUGCCGUUGAUAAGAAAUAUAAAGAUGUAAUCAAGCUGCUGAUAAAAAACAACGCGAAAGUAAACGUUGAAACGCGACCUAAAUCACUUAUUCAUUUAUUGAACUGGAGCAGUUCCUUUAAAAUUGCCGACAUUUUGCUGGAUGCUGGUGCAGACAUUGACCAAGAUGUCGAUGGUACCCCAUUACAUCACGCCAUCGUCAGUAAACUAGAAUCGAUGGUCGAGUAUUUGAUAAAUAAUGGCGCGGAUGUAAAUUUGAAAAGCAAUGGGAUGUCAUGUCUGCACACUGCCCUCAAGUCUCCUAAUGACAAAAUAAUAAAUUACUUAUUGAUGGCGGGUGCUGAUGUCAAUGUUCUUAAUGAAAAGGACACUAAGGUUCUCGAUUCUACAUCAUCGAUAUUUAUUGGCACGCCAUUGAAGAAGUCAAUUAAGCAGCAUAUUGUUAAGCUAAAAGCUGCUGAUUUUUAUCUCGUGAGAUGUAACUUGGAAGCUGUGGAGAGAGAUUUUGAUGACUACUACAGAGACUGCUGCAGGGAAGUUGAUUCACUGAAGCAAAAGAAAAUUCCGGAGACUCAUUUGAGUUACUACGAUGUGCUGCGUAAAAAUAAUUUUAAGUUGGCGUUGGCGCUGAAAAAUUGUAGGAUUAAUUUUACUAAUACAGUAUUGGAAUCGACGUUUCCGUUGUAUGGAAAAAUUGUGGGUUUUAAAUUGUACAGAGCGAUGAAGACGAAGGAAUAUUUGAAUACCGCUAGUGAGCUUUUGUAUAAUGUUUUUUAUGGGAAACUACCGGAUGUGGUUGUCAGAGAAAUUGCAGAGUAUUUUAGCUUGAGCAAUUUGAGAAUGAUGAGUUUAUGAGUUUUUUCUAUGGUCUGUAAUCAUUGUAUAGCGCAGUGGAGAUGAUUAUGAGCGUUCUAUUAAAAAAAUCCAUGGAGUCUUAUGGCGUUUUCGAGUAGAUUUCCAUAUGGUUUUUUAUAGGAAUCCAGCAUAGAUUCUUGUAGAGUUCCACAGCUUCCUAAACUCAUGGGGAUCUAGUAUAGAUUUUUAUGGGGGCUUUAAUAAUAAUUUUCUAUGAGAAUUCACAGAAAUUUAAAUUAAUAUGAGAAUCUAGUAUGUAUUUCUAUGGAGAUUUUUACAAUAAUUUCUUAUGGGGAUUUUUAUAACAAUUUCUUAUGGGUAUUUACAGCACCCUACAUUCAUAUGGAAAUCUAGUAUGGAUUUCUAUGGAGAUUUUUAAAAUAAUUUUCUAUAUAAAUCCAAAUUUUCGUAUGUAUUUUUUGUAUGAGAAUCCAGGUACUUAGAGUUUCUUAAAUAGAAUCCCCAUAUGGAAAUCUAGGCACUCAUAUUUGUUUUCAUGAAUUUUUUUAAUAGGGCUAGAAAAAUAUUAGUUUUAAAUGUUCUCGCCCUUAUGGUUCCUGGAGGGGCUACCAGGAACCAUAAGGUGAAAUAAAUUUUUUGGAGACUGACGUAUUUUUUUUUCUAUUAAUUUAAAAAUUAACAAAUAUAAAAUUUUGAAUUUCUCUCAUACGCCCUUAUGGUUCCUGACAAGACUACCAGAAACCACAAGGACAAAGAAUUCAAAUUUUUAAAUCGAUUACUGUUAAUCAUCAUUUUUUCGACUCCUUUUUUUUUUUUACUUUUUUUAUUUUUCUAUUCAAUAGUUUAAUUUUAAAAAUAAAAUAAUUUGUAAAUUGAUAUAAUUAUCCAUAGUAAUUAAUUAGAAAUUAAAUUUUCAGUUUAAACCACGAUAAUCUUAGUUUUACAAAAUUUCAAUUUUAGAAUUUAAAAAAAUUCAAAUUUCGCGCCAAAUUUAUAAUACAUUUUUAAGUAAUUAAUUAAAGU